AUGCAUAAGAAAACAACAACACCGCCGUCUGUUUGGACGUCUCACCGGGGUACGAUGGCCCAGGAGACUGCCAAGUCUCGAUGGCCCAAGCUUGUGCAGGGUAUGGUUGAUGAUGUCUGUGAGACCAGCGCUGAGCUUCCUCCCUCCCCCGCACUUGAUGAAAUCAAGUCGAUCCAGACAAAGCUCCACAAACUUAAAGAUGAGAUUAUUAGCGAUGACGAGCUAAGCACGUUGGAAGAAGACGGUUCAGCGGAUAUCGCCACCUAUAAUCGGCUUCUUGUUGACUUGGGCACCUUAACAUGGUUAAAUUGUCCAUGGCUCUACGGUGAAUGUUUCCUCUACAGGCGGGUGCAGCUGUUAUUUUCUAAAUCAUGUUUUUGGAAAAAGUAUGAUAUCUUCAAGCGCCAAAAGGAUUCUACGCUGGUGAAAUCGCAGAAGGCUGUUGAGGAGCUUGCUACCCGUUUCAACCAAAUCAUUGGAACUACGGCAAAAUCACUUGAAAAUCUCGAUGAUGACGCAGCGAGACUUAUUUUCAUCGAAAUGACUGAGCUGGCGUUAUGGGGCAACGCAACAGACUUGUCCCUUCUGACAAACCUCACCCUCGAAGAAAUUCAGACAUUGCAAGGAAGGGCAGCGAUUGAGGAGAGUCAGAAGAACAUCGUCGACAAUGACAUACAGCAUGUUUGGAGUUAUCUGCGCAAGGGACAGUUGAUUCGGGCAGAUCGACAUGUCGAUAUUGUCCUCGACAAUGCUGGAUUUGAGCUAUUUGCAGACGUCCUUUACACGGCAUACCUCAUCGAAUUAGGACUGGCAACAAGUGUCACUCUCCAUGCAAAGUGCUUUCCAUGGUUUGUCAGUGAUGUGAUACCCAGCGACAUGGACUUCCUUCUCGAGCACCUUCAGUCCAUCGGCCUGGAAUCCAUCACUAAUCUGAUCAAGAGGCACCUCAAGUUGGGCUUGAUUCGUAUCGAGGUUCAUCCUUUUUGGACAACGGGAUUCUCAUUCCAUGAGAUGCCGGUUGAAGCAUCUGAACUGUUCAAGCGCUUCCAAGACAGCUAUCUGACUAUAUGGAAAGGGGAUCUGAACUAUCGAAAGUUGACCAGGGAUGGUCUCUGGCCGCAUACAACAACAUUCAAGUCUGCAAUCGGACCUCUUGGUCACGGAAGUGGGAUUAAAAUCCUCGCCUUGAGAACAAACAAGUCCGAUACGUGCGUUGGGAUAGACAGCGAGGAACAGGUUGAGAGACUUGAUAGAGAGACACCGGGAAAGGGAUGGGUCAGGAAUGGGAAACACGCCGUGAUCUCAUUCAGCGAUGGUAUUUGA